CCCAACUUGUACGAGGUGUUAGGCAAGGAGGAAAUCACGUUGGCCGAAUUCAAGGAGCACCCUGCAUUCAACAGCUGGCUCAAGAAAGCCGUGCACUCCUUGAACUUCCAGGAAUUCACGCACGUGCAGCAGAAAACCAUCCUUCCCUUCUUGCAGGAGGAGGGCUUGGUGUGCCGUGCCAAGACCGGAACAGGAAAGACGUACAGUUUCGUCAUUCCGUUGAUGCAGCACGUCAUGGACAUCUUCGAGACCAACAAGAUGCGCCGCCGCAAUGUGUCGUGCCUUGUCAUUGCGCCCACCAGAGACUUGGCCCAGCAGAUCCACGCGGAUUUCCGCAGUCUCAACAUGAACAACCCCCACUUGAGACACAAGUGUGACGUGCGGCUCUGGACCGGCGGCUUGCCGCCUGGCAAACGCCCCUGGGGCUCCGACGUGCCGCAGAUCAUUGUCGGCACGCCCGGCCGGAUCUUGGCCAACUUGGAGGACCGCCGCUGGGCCCAGCACUUCAACGAGUUGGAGUUCCGUGUUUACGACGAGGCCGACCGCUUGUUGGACCAGGGUUUCGAGGACCAGUUGAACGCCAUUGACGCCAAGAUCAAGAGUCUCCGUAGUGAGAAAUUCGAGCCUCCUUUGCGCACGUUGUUGUUCAGUGCCACCACCAACGACAGAGUCACGCGUUUUGCCGAGGCCCAGAUGGGCAAGGACUACAAGUACAUCAACUGUGUGGACGACUCCGAGGCCGAGUCGCACGCGCACAUUGAGCAACGUCUCAUCAAGACCCCUGGGAUCUACGAGUCGCACGUGGCGGCCGUGGACGAGAUUCUUUCCAACAUCGAGUCCAAGGACUACAAGGCGAUCUUCUUUCUCCCUACUGUUGUCGGCGCAGACUUCAUGUUCCGCUUGUUGAACAAGGCCCUCCCCGACCGCUUCCCUUUCACCUGGAUGUUGCACGGCAAGAUGACCCAGGGAGCCCGCAGAUACACCACGGAACAGUUCAAGCGCACCAAGCGCGGUGUGCUUAUCUGCACGGACGUGGCGGCACGUGGUUUGGACUUCAAGGGCGUCAGUGACGUCAUCCAGAUGGCCACCACCCAGAACAUUGAGGACUACAUCCACAAGAUCGGCCGUACCGGCCGUGCCGGCCAGCCGGGCAGAGCCACGCUCUUCUUGUCGGAGAACGAGCUUAACUUCACCAAAGACUUGUACACGCAGAAGCACAUCGAGUUCACCUCCGAGGUGGAAUACGAGAUGACCGCGGAGGCCGAGGAGAAGUUGAGGGGCAAGUUGCCGGAGGAAGAUGUCCGCGAAUACGUGACCUCGCUCAUGGGCUUCCAGUCCUCCGUUUGUGACACGUAUCGCAUGAAGAAGUUUGAUGUCAUCCGCAGUAUCGUGCUCCUCUACAGGGGUUUCAUUGAAAAAGAAGACGCCACCAUCUACCUCUCCACGCGUAUGUUCAACAACAUGGCCUUGCCCGGCCAGCUUGUGCCGGACUACAUCGAGGUGGAC